GAAAAGCUGAGGAUACAGCCCGUAACCAGGAUACCACGUGAAACGUGCUGCAGAGAAGUAAAGCUGUCAGAGACCCUUACAAGUCAGAUUCACACAGACUUGCGCAAGAAACUCUGAGGAGAAUAAGAACAUAUUCCAUUGUUCAGUUUGUUAACUACAAUGUCCUACAACGUUUCAAACGGCACGGUCUUCCCGUCCGAUGAUAGCGUCGGAGGGCAAAUAUCCGGGAUUAUCAACAUCAUCAUCGUGGUUCUGGGCGCCAUCGCCAGCAUUUUGUUAGUCAUUGCCACUUACUGUCAGAGGCUUCUCCGAGUUCCUUUCUACAUCUUCAUCGCCAGUUGGGCUGUCGCCAACUUUGUCACGGUGCUCACCUUUAUCUUGGAAAUAAUUUUUAUGAGUAGAGGCACAUGGGUGUUUCCGGACUUUUGGUGUCGAUAUCACUACUUUGUACUGCAAGCUGUUCUCCUGGUCCGUCUCUAUCACAUGCCCAUCGCCUGCGUUGUCGCUUUCUUCAGCCGUCGGUAUCUAACCCUGUUUAAAUCUAGGGCUUGGCUACGUAUCGUCUACCCAGUCGUCUUAGCGACUGCCGUCUGGAUCCUCUUCCUGGUUCUGGCCACGCCUUAUAUCGGCGCAUCCAAGCUCAACACUAUCAAUGGCCAUAAAUACUGCCAAUUGACGAACGUGUCUGUUGGCGUUGCCUUGGGCUCCAUCUUCCUGUAUUGGCUGCCGGCCAUGCUCUCCGUCAUCUUGCUAAUCGUCUGGGCCUUCUUGUACGUACGUCGUUCCAAGAACAUCAACAUCUUCAUCCGCGAGCGAGAGAACUGUGAGGGCAUGGUCCUAUUCAUCAUCAUUAACGUCUUCGUCGUCAGCCGUUUGGCUCUCAUUCUCUUUGACUACGUCCAAGCGACGUCCUGGCUGGAUUUUAUGCCCUGGUCUCACAUCCGCAUCAUCUACAAUGUUUUGGUGACUAUUGCGCAGUCUGACUUCGUCCUAGCGCCCACCUUGUGUUUGACCGUUGUUCCUUGCUACAGGAGAAUCUUCUGUUUGCCUUGCCGUGGACAACCGGAAAUUGUGGACAUCGAGACUGAACCGGAACCUGCCGCAAUGCCACUCAAGUCGAACGAUGUGGAGCAAGAGGCCUGAGAUUGGACAAUAAGUCAACGGUCGCAACCCUGUUCCAUCCAAGAAAAAUCCUGAUUGUCCCUUAGGAACACCACGUGUCAAGUGUUCAUGGUUACGCGGCGGAAUAUGGGUGAGAUAGAGGUAGCUGGAAUAUUCCAUACUGGGAUAAACCAUGUACAGUGGUGAGAAUUUAUGCGUGGAACACAGCUGAAUGAUGUAGUUCUGCUGACAUCAGCGUAAGGAAAAGACAUGAACGGUGAUCUGCCAGACUUGCUCAGAUGUGUUCAGCAGAUAGACGCUAGAAUAUUGAGCGUUGUAGCAAUUUAGAUCUUUAGAAGUACCGAAAUUAGUCUCUGCUGCCAAUAAGAAAUUCACUGCAUGAUACAGACAAACAGUUAUCCUCACUGACAAGUCUAAAAAGACCAGAUUUGGUGAAGCGACGUUACAAUGAUUCGUCUUAUCAUUUGGAUUUGCACGCAGUAAAUAAAAAAAAAACCCUGAUAAAAUAUAUCUUGUUAAAUAGCAUCUGAUCCUUCACGUGCAAUCAAGUUAAGACUGGUGAAGAGGGAAAAUUUGCACCAAGCAAACCCUAAUCAAUGUGUAACUCUCUGGUACAUACAAAUAGUAUAACCCCCACUGCAUAGGUUUCAAAUCAGCACCUUUGCAAACCAUUUGUGAAUUUUUUUAUAUAUAUAUUGUCGUCAUAUUUUGAAGUGUCAUGCGUGUGGAUAUUUUAUAACCCUGUUGUGGGUGUUUUUCUCAAAACACACUUUUUCCAUCUUCCUUAAGGCAGUGAAAUUGAACAUAUGCUCAAAGUUCAACGAUAUUAUGUUUUGUACCUUUGGUGUAUAUUUUAAGCACAUAUAUGUAUACCUGUAUAUAUAUGCUUGAUAGGUAACCAUUUAGAAAAUAGCGUUACUAAACGAGAAAAGAUCUUGUUUCUCCUUAGCUUCGUAUUAUAUAUCGAAUGCGAAUGACUAAAAUCUUAAACGAGUGCUGUAGCUUCUUCGUGACUCUUAAUUCGUGUGGAAAAUGAGUGAGUGCAUUGGUAAGGGAUACGUCUGUUAUAUACAGCAUGCAAAGGACUUUUUGCCCAUUUUGUAGAUGUAUGACAGGUCAUGUUGGACAAGGUCAUGAUGUUCUGUCCAUCUGUCUGUUAGAACGAUUCGUACAUGUACCUCUUGAUUUACACUAUGUAUGGCCUACAUUUCGUAUGACCUGAAAGGAAAGAUAAGACCUUCUCAAUAAUCCUCAGUCCUCCUGUGUGUAAUAAGGAAAACACUGUCUCACUCGACCACAAAUUAUAUGCAUGCUCUCACAUGUGCUUUGAAGAUUGUCUUUGGCUUUGCAGAUUAUUUUUGUAUGAACACAUUUCAAAUGAGCUGUCGAAUUAUUGUUGUAGCAAGAUUUAUCAAGAGUGCCUGAUUCUUCAAGUUAAUUUGGCGUGAAAUAAAAGUGUGUGGGUUGGAAUUGCGUUUUUUCCCGUAGGCAUACGACGUGUCGAUGUGCAUUCAAACACUCACUAUUAUUGUUCAAAGAAAAAGUAAAAUCCCCUCCUGGAAUGUGUCAUGUGAAAUAAUGUAAACCAACCUUUAUCAAAUAUUCUUAGUCUCACACAGAAAGCGAAUCUACAAAACAAACUCGCGCCGCAGUCUGUUGGCUAAUAGGGUCGCAGAUUCAUGUCCAGCUCUUGUUGGUGCAGCUCAGGCUUUAAAUCAGAAGGUUUGUCUGCAUGGUAGGCUAUAUGG